GGAGAGCUCUCUUGACUGUAUAUGGGGAAUCUUAUCAACCUCCAUCAUCAUUGCGAACAUGCACAUCUGGGCAUCACGUGUUCUCAAAUCAAGGAUUUCCGCUUGCAUCAGCGAGUUUCGACGAAAGCGCCAUGUAGGAUAGCUACCGAGAAAGAAUUCGUCACCUUGGGACCGCCAACUGACUCCAAAGUUCCAGACGAGGAUGAAUUCUUACCAAGGAGCCUCAGCGCAAAGUCCAGCUGGAAAGAGUUCAAAAACAUGCCCGCCAAAGUUCCAGUCCGGCAAGAGGUGGCAGGAUGGAAAUUCCAGCCUAGAAACAAACCUCGCGAUCAGGAGCCGGUCUGUUCCGCAAAAAACUACACAUAAGCCUUUGUCUACGGAGGACAGCUCUAAGGGCUCUCCAAGUCCUUCCCCUUCGCAGAGGCGCAAUAGAGUCGGGAGCUUUUCGAGCAGUCACACUUAUCACGCCUACCAAAGUGGCAGAGAACGCACCAACUUGUAUACACAAGAUGAAGAACCAAGCUCAGAUACCGCUGAUGAGGAUCAUCAGUCUUCCUCAGAGGAGGAAGACCACUCAGAGUGUUUACAAAAUAGCGGAGAUGACGAGCAAAACUCGGAUUACUCCGACGAGGAUUGCCAGGGCUCGACGAGAGAAGAAGAAUACUCAGAGCAUUCACAAGACAGCGUAGAUGACAAGUCUCUGUCUUCAUCAAGCGAAUGUAUCGACUACAGGAAAGCAGCAGCGCUUUCGAACCUCAAGGGAUCUAAGUUGGUAGAGCUCGAGACUUUCCGAUCGAUUAUUCGACGACUCAAUGAUCUGGAGCUCUAUGAGAUCAAUAUGCGGUCCGAAGGGCUCUGGAAAUCCCCAGAAAUUAUGCCCACACUAAGCAGAGUUACCUCUCUUAUAGAGAUGCUCGGCCUAGGCGAAACGACAACUGCAGAGAACUUGGUAGAGGGUAGAGUUUGGGGUUUCAUUCGCGAAUCUAUCAAAGCUUGUUAUACCCAUGAGGAUCGGAAGAAGGCGAGGAAGAUUCUCUUAUACCUGUUGCGCUGUGUGGAUGGUCAGACAGGAAUAGAGCUUUUGGGGGAAAACAUUGAUGAUGAAGAGCUAGAAGCUUUAAAAGGACAGGCGUUCGAGAUGGAAAUGCGGCUUAAUGAUCUAGAACACGCAGAAGAUUAGGAAUGCUAGUAGCUUCGUUGACUAUAGUUUUGAUAUAGUAUCCAAAUAGUC